AUGCCCAGAAGAGGUGAAACAGGUUUCGACAAACUUUAUAAAAUUCGCCUACUACUAGAUCAAAUAAACCAGAGGUGUCAAAAUAAUGCCCGAAAUACAAGAUCUCAGUCCAUUGACGAAUCAGUGCUAAAGUUCAAAGGACGCAGUGCGCUAAAACAGUAUAUGCCCCUCAAACCUGUCAAGCGCGGUUACAAAAUUUGGGCUAGAGCAGAUAGCAAGACUGGGUAUCUGUUUCACUUCCAAGUCUAUACUGGUAAAGGAGACAAUGUGGAAACUGGUCUAGGAAGUAGUGUGGUAAAAACUCUAGCUCAACCACUUAUCGAUGAAGGUUGCUCAGCUCAUAUUAGCUUUGACAACUUUUUUUAG